CUAUAUCAUUAAAAUUUGUCUAAAUAGUUGAACCAAUGGGAAGAUUACUUGAAUGGGCAACCCGCAUUGAGGAGAUAUUUGGUAGUUUGUUUUGGUAACUAUGAAGGGCACUCGGUAGUUAAUUGGUUGGUUGUUUCCAAAAAUGAUUGCAUUAAUAAUAAAUAAGUGAAGUGAAGUGAAGUGCUUAGUGUUUCUGACACCUUAGCUUACUCUGCUAAUUACAUUCUUCCCUGGUCUCCUCUGCUCUACUCUUGUCUUCACCCCUCUCUUAACUCAAUUCCAAACAAAAUUGCAUCUGGGCAAAGCGCUUUCCUUUCACAACAUCACCUCUACUUCUCACUUUGUUUUCUCAAGAUUCUGUCGGGGAUUGUUCUGUCUUGUGAUCCCUUCGCUGCGCAUUAAUGUCCCUUUAUUCGGGCCCUUUCUGCUUCGGCAGCGUGGCUUUUCUGCCUCGCAACUCGGUAAGUUUUGGUCAAUCCAAGACUGUGAGAACCUCAGGGUUUUCUUCUCCACCGCUCCCUUCUUUUGCCAGAUUGAAUGAAAAAGUUAUAGCAAAAGCAUUACCGGGAGAUGGAUCAUUCAAAACAGAGGAUUCCUCACUUGUGGUUUGUUUUGGAGAAUUAUUGAUUGAUUUCGUCCCAACUGUUAAUGGAGUGUCAUUGGCUGAAGCACCUGCAUUUAAGAAAGCUCCAGGAGGAGCACCUGCUAACGUUGCUGUUGGCAUAGCUCGUCUUGGUGGUUCAUCAGCAUUUAUUGGCAAGGUUGGUGAAGAUGAAUUUGGUUACAUGCUUUCUGAUAUAUUGAAGGAGAAUAAUGUGAAUUGUGAAGGAAUGCGUUUUGACCCUGGUGCACGGACUGCUUUAGCUUUUGUUACGCUGAAGAGUAAUGGCGAACGCGAGUUCAUGUUUUACCGUAACCCUAGUGCUGACAUGUUGCUUGAAGAAUCUGAAAUUGAUUUUGAUUUGAUUAGGAAGGCCAAAAUAUUUCAUUAUGGUUCUAUAAGUCUUAUUACGGAACCAUGCAAGUCGGCACACAUUGCUGCAAUAAAAGCUGCAACGGAUGCUGGUGUGGUAAUCUCCUAUGAUCCCAAUCUCAGACUUCCACUAUGGCCUUCUGCUGACAGUGCUAGAGAAGGUAUUUUAAGCAUAUGGGAGACUGCUGAUAUUAUUAAGGUAAGUGAUGAAGAGGUCUCUUUCUUAACACAAGGAGAAGAUCCAUACAAUGACUCUGUUGUUCGUAAAUUGUUCCAUCCAAAUCACAAAUUAUUGCUGGUCACCGAGGGCCCUGGUGGCUGCAGAUAUUACACCAAGGACUUCAGUGGGAGAGUUGAUGGUUUAAAGGUAGAAGCUGUAGACACCACUGGUGCUGGGGAUGCCUUUGUAGCUGGAACACUAUCACAACUAGCUGAUGACCUCUCCUUGCUUCAGAACGAGGAAAAACUGAGAGAUGCUCUCAAGUUUUCAAAUGUUUGCGGUGCAUUGACAGUCACUGGUAGAGGUGCAAUUCCUGCCUUGCCAACUAGAGAAGUUGUGUUGAAUGCCAUUCUCUCCAAAUCUGUAGCAUAAAUUGGGAAAUUACCUUGUAUUUCUGUAUCUAAAAUUAGCUCCAUACUACCAUCUAGUGGGUUGGAAGUUGGAGCCGGCAAAAAAAAAAAACCCAAACCAGUAAAACAAAGAAUUUUCGUUCAAAUAUUUUGAGUGUACUCAAGUCAGGAACCGUCUGCUGUUGUAUGUAUCCUGUAAGAUUGUAAUACAAACUUUGUAUGUUUAUUAUAAUUAGAAAAUUAUUUUGGACAGUUA